AGCCCUGCCCCGCCGCCUGGCACCGCCGCGCCCGCCCGGAGCGCUGCCCGCGCCGCCGCUCCGCCAGCCGGCCCGCUGCUGCUGCCGCUGCCGCUGCUCGGCCCCGGCCGGGCGGGGACUUGGCAGGAACUCCCGGCGAGAGAGCGAGAGUGCCUGCCCCCGCUCCGCUGUGGCUUUUGGGUGGAGGAGGAGGAAGGUCUGGGCUCGGCCGAGGAGCAGCAGCCGCCGCCGGAGAGGAAGAGACAGGAGGGAGAGACAGACGGAGAGGCGGCUGGAGCCCCCCAGAGUGCCCCCCCAUCCCUGCACUGCAGGCUACAUUUCCAGCUUCAUGGGCAAAGUGUGGAAACAGCAGAUGUACCCCCAGUACACCACCUACUACUACCCCCAGUAUCUGCAGGCGAAGCAGUCCAUUGUACCAGCCCACCCAAUGGCUCCUCCUAGUCCCAGCACCACCAGCAGUAAUAACAACAGUAGUAGCAGCAGCAACUCAGGAUGGGAUCAAUUAAGUAAAACAAACCUUUACAUCAGAGCACUGCCUCCAAACACCACUGAUCAGGACCUGGUAAAAUUAUGCCAACCGUAUGGGAAAAUCGUAUCAACAAAGGCUAUUUUGGAUAAGACAACAAACAAAUGCAAAGGAUACGGUUUUGUUGACUUUGACAGCCCAGCAGCUGCUCAGAAGGCAGUUUCUGCUUUAAAGGCCAAUGGAGUCCAAGCACAGAUGGCAAAGCAACAAGAACAAGAUCCGACUAACUUAUACAUUUCCAAUUUGCCCCUUUCAAUGGAUGAGCAGGAGCUUGAGAACAUGCUGAAACCAUUUGGGCAGGUUAUCUCUACAAGGAUACUGCGGGACUCAAGUGGGACAAGCCGUGGUGUUGGCUUUGCAAGAAUGGAGUCUACAGAAAAAUGUGAAGCAGUGAUUGCUCACUUUAAUGGAAAGUUCAUAAAGACACCAGCAGGAGUUUCUGUUCCUGCAGAACCUUUAUUGUGCAAGUUUGCUGAUGGAGGACAGAAAAAGAGACAGAAUCAGAAUAAAUAUAUACAGAAUGGAAGAGCGUGGCACAGAGAAGGCGAGGUGAGACUUGCUGGAAUGACACUCACAUAUGAUCCAACCACAGCUGCUUUACAAAAUGGAUUUUAUCCAUCACCCUACAGUAUUACAGCAAACAGAAUGAUCACUCAGACAUCUAUUACACCAUAUAUUGCUUCUCCGGUUUCCACAUACCAGGUUCAGAGUCCUUCCUGGAUGCAGCCUCAGCCAUAUAUAAUGCAGCACCCAGGUGCUGUACUGACUCCCUCCAUGGACCACACCAUGUCACUACAGCCUGCAUCGAUGAUAAGCCCUCUGACACAGCAGAUGAGUCAUCUUUCAUUAGGCAGUACUGGAACAUACAUGCCAGCCACGACAGCUAUGCAAGGAGCCUACAUACCCCAAUAUACACAUGUCCAGACAGCAGCGGUUCCUGUUGAGGAAGCCAGUGGUCAACAACAGGUUACAGUAGAGACGUCCAGCGACCAUUCUCCAUAUACGUAUCAGCAAAAUAAGUAACUGUGAGAUGUCCAGUGUUGACCUGGCCUGGAGAAGGGUGCAAAGGCUGAAACAAUCAUGGAUUUUACUGAUCAAUUGUGCUUUAGGAAUUAUUGACAGUUUUGCACAGGUUCUUGAAAAUGUUAUUUAUAAUGAAAUCAACUAAAACUAUUUUUGCUAUAAGUUCUAUAAGGUGCAUAAAAAAACCCUUAAAUUCAUCUAGUAGCUGUUCCCAUGAACAGGUUUAUUUUAGUAAAAAAAAAAAUUUUUAUCAAGUGUUAUGACGCAAAAAAAAUAUUCAAAUUUCUGGGUAUGCACAGAUGACCAUGAAGACAUAUUCAUGUGCAUGACAGAAUUUUUGUUUUGGUUUAUUUUUAUUUUGUUUGUUUUUUUUUUCCUUUUUUUUUUUUUUUUUAAUUGUAUGAAAUGGUUUUUCUGAAGUUUAAAAUAGUAAAACAUCUAAGACGAUGUUCUGUGCUUGCAGUGUGUGAGUGUUGCUUUAGUGCAGUGUUGCAGUUAUAGUGUCUGGUCUUUUAGCUUUCUGUUUUCCUUUUAAUGUAGUGUGAAGUGUCUUAUCCUUUUCUAUAAAUUCCAAUUUGCCUUAAAUCUUUCAAUGCUGUAGCUGUUUCAGUAAGUAGUCCAAACUAAUGGUGUAGAACGCUUUGACCAAAUGAGCUGGUCUAUUAUGCCUUGUAAAACAGCAGCAUAGGGCUUUUAAAGGUAGUCAAUAAAAAUUGCUGAAAAUCUGGCUUUUUUAAUGUGUAGUAAGUGUUUUUAAUGAUUUUUCACAUAAUAUGUAAGGUAGUGAAAUGCAAGAGGGGGAAAGAUGUUUUGUGUGAAACACAUUUUCUGACUGGGGAAAUUUUAAUAGGAUAAAUUGUUUGUAAGGCCAUAUGCCAAUAGUUCCCUCUGGUAGUUUGAAUGAUUUAGGAACUCUGCUGUAUGAUGCAAUGUAAAAUCUUUUUUUGCCUUUUUUUCAGAAACUAACUUGAUGUUCUAGUUUUAGCAUAGGUAGAGUAGGGAGAUUGGGGUGGGGAUAUCACCGAAUGUUUUGUCCUUCCUUUAUACUAAUGAUAGUGCUUUAGGAUGAGGAUUGUGCUGAGACUUAGCAAACAGAAAAGUUGCUAUUAUAGCAAAAUGGCAAAAGCUAAAAGACUCGUUUUCAAACAUACGCUGAGAUGUAAGUAGAAGCAUAAUUCAUUGGGUACUAGCUCUCUAUAGUAGGUAAAUAAAAAUAAAAAGACUUGGCACUUUUAAAAGGUAACUUUACCAAAGAACAAAGAGCCAGUAACCAAUAAUUCUGAUUUGUCUCAGCAUUACGUCUUCUGUACUCUUUAUUUUUGCCGGACCAGUUUGCGGUUAGGAGAAUGUGCCUUUUUUGUACAUUUGCAUUUAGGUUUUAUAAUUUUAAUUGAUGUAUGGACACAAAAGCAUGAAGGAAGACUUGGAUCCAAGCAGUGCCACACUUUACAUCAUCACUACAAGUGUUAAGUGUAAAGAAAACCGAUUUUGAAACUAUGAAAUUCCUGAUUCAUAAAUACACAGUUAUUUGUACUUCACGUAUUAGAUAAUUCACUGCUACUAAAGCUCUUUAUUACAAUUGCAUAUGUUUUAAAUUGAAUGAUGAAUUAAGUUGUCUUCCAAAACUGUGUACUUCUCUGGUCAGCUGUAUAUGAUCAGUUAUCUACCUCAAAGUUUAUUUCCUUUUGUAUUGGGACAGGUUGCUGGCCCUCCCUGUUUCCACAGACCAAAUCAUCCUAGCUCAGGAGCUAGGGCUAAGCAGUUGUUUCUUUCAAGUAUUUUUUAGUUUUUAAAUUUUGUGUGAGUAUUGGAGUAUAGAUGUCGGUGACAUUUCAUAGUUUCAAAAGUAAAUUGCUGCUCGAGAAGUGUAGAUUCUAGUGAAAUACAUAGUCAUAAGAGAUGUGUUUUUGUUUUUUCUUUUUUUAAAAAGUUGUGGUAUUAUUGGUUCUAUGCUCCCUGGAAUAUUACUGCUUUGUAAAAGUCCAGACUUCCUGCAGCACCUUGCCUGUAUCUGGUAACUUUCCAAACCUGGAUCUCUCACUACUUGAUAUUUUUGCGUUAAUUAAAACGGCAGUAUGAUAGCUGUGUUAGAGGGAGGGAAGAGCUGCUGCCAGAAAUGUCUGAACUAAGUGCCAUACUCAUUGUCUGGGUAAGAUUUGGGAAAUUUAACCUCUGUACAUAAAGAAAUAAUCAGUUACUUAAACAUCACAUAGUAGACAGCCAUUAAAUUAUAAAAAAUUAAUUUAUGAAGAAAGACCUUUUGUACAGAUUGAAAAAAAAAAAAAAGAUUUUCAUAGAGAUAUCUAUAUGAUCAAGAGAGUUAAUUUUUUAUUUUUGUUUUACUAGUGCCACAAACUUGCCAGUGGUAACUUAUUUGUCCGGUUCAAGAUAACUCUGUAGUUUUGUUUCCUAGGACUUGUUGUUAAACGCCAAAAGACAUUUUUGAACUGUAAAUUUGAUUAGAUUGUUAGCUUUUUUCUGUUUUAUUUCUUUGAAAACUUUUGAAUAAAAAAGAAAAAAAAAAAAAGAGCAAGCAUUGUUUUUUUCCUUCAGCCCCUUCCCUUACUGGGGGAAAAACCCAAACAGGUUAUGGUAAAACCUGUGCAUUUAUUUUGAACUGCUCAGAGUUGCUUUCUGCUUUACAGUCUGGGUUUUUCCCUCCUCUAUCUUUCUUUAAAAUAAAAUGUUAACUCUUUCAAACCACA